AAGCGAGUCUGUCUGUCUCUAAUGAUUGUCUCCCAAAAUCGACGGCGACUCCAAAUCCCCAAAAAUCGAAUAUCAAAUCAAAUACUGUAAAGAAAAAAAAGUCGAGCGACCCACCCUCCGUCUCUCUCUCUUUCUGUAGUAACGCUCGCUCAGUGUGGGUCCAAGCUGCAAAUUUCUAGGGUUUCUAGUUUUUUUGUUUGGUGUGUGUGAGUGUGUGUGCGUGUUCUGCUCUAUCAGACACGGAUCGCCAUGUCGACUACUGUUUGUGUUGCUUCUGCGUCGCCUUCUCACUCUGCAACAACAACAACAACAACAACAUCAACAUGUGGCUCUCUCCUCCAGGAAUUGCAGGAAAUAUGGGAUGAAAUUGGGGAGACUGAUUGUGAAAGGGACAGGAUGCUUCUGCAGUUAGAGCAGGAAUGCCUUGACAUUUAUCGGAGGAAGGUAGAAAAAACCAGAAAGUACAAAGCUGAUUUGCACCAGUCAUUGGCUGAGGCUGAAGCAGAAAUCACUAACCUCAUCUCUGCCCUUGGUCAACGAACUUCCGUCCCAUGGUAUGAGAAUGUGAAGGGUACUCUGAAAGAACGAAUGUCUUCUAUAAAACCUGUUUUGGAGGAUUUAAGGUUGAUGAAAGAAAAAAGAAUCGAGGAAUUUUCUGAAACACAGUUGCAGAUUGGUCAGAUUUGUGCUGAAAUAGCAGGGAAUGGCCAGUUUAUUAAUUCUGCUGAGCCACAAGUAAAUGAGCAGGAGUUGACUGUGAAGAAGUUGGGGGAACUGAAAUCACAACUUCAGGAGCUUCAGUAUGAAAAGACUCUUCGUUUGCAAAAAAUUGAUAGCCAUAUCAGUACAAUUCAUGCACUUUCGGUUGUUAUGUCACUUGAUUUCAACAAUAUGAUUACUGAAGUUCAUCCGAGCUUUGCUGGUCCUGCAAAUGGUCGAUCAAAGAGCAUUAGCAAUGAGAUCCUUGCAAGGUUAACAGGUCUGGUCCAUUCACUGAAGCAAGAGAAACAACAAAGGCUACGAAAGCUUCAAGAUUUUGGGAGAACUCUUAUAGAGCUUUGGAGUCUCAUGGACACAUCUGUUGAGGAACAAAAGAGGUUCGACCAUGUCACUUGCUUAAUUACUUCAUCUGUUGACGAGGUGUCAAAGCCAGGAUCCCUUAGUUUGGAUGUCAUUGAGCAGACUGAAGUUGAAAUUGAACAUUUGAAUGUUCUAAAAGCCAGCAAGAUGAAGGAACUGGUAUUCAAGAGGCAAAACAAGCUUGAAGAAAUCUACAGAGGAGUUCAUAUGGAUGUAGACAGCGACACAGCACGACAGAUUCUCAUCAGCCUCAUGAAUUCUGGUAAUGUUGAUCUGUCUGAUCUUCUUUUGAGCAUGGAUGAUCAAAUUGCGAAAGCUAAAGAGCAAGCUCUUAGCAGGAAGGAUAUUUUAGACAAGGUGGAGAAAUGGAAACAUGCAUCUGAGGAGGAGAACUGGCUUGAUGAAUAUGAAAGGGAUGAAAAUAGGUAUAUUGCUGGCAGAGGAGCACAUAAAAAUUUGAAACGCGCUGAGAAGGCAAGGAUUUUGGUCACCAAAAUACCAUCUCUUGUUGAGAAUUUAACUGCAAAAAUAAAAGCCUGGGAGAUAGAGAAAGGAAUACCAUUUCUAUAUGAAAAGGCUCCAUUAUUGCAUAUGUUGGAAGAGUAUAUUGUGCUACGGCAGGAGAAAGAAGAGGAGAAACGUAGAUCUCGGGAGCAGAAACGGCUGCAAGAACAGUUUGCAACAGAACAAGAGGCAAUAUAUGGUUCGAGGCCCACAAUUAAAAAGGCUCUUGUUCAGAGCACUAAUGCUAACACUCCCAUUGGCCGUCGUGUGGGGACUCCUUCAGCCCGCCAUAGAAUCUCAGGUGGAAAGGAACGGAGAGACAGUGGUAAGGUUGGUACUGUGAUACCCGUGAAUUAUGUAGCUAUUCAAAAGGAUGAUUCAAUCUGUCGUGGCAAUUAGCAUGGAUAAUCAAUCUCUGCAUUGAGGAUCAUAUAAAUGCAGUUUCACGAUUGCAGAUAGGGAAGGAGUCUUUCAGUAUCUCAUUGUAGUUCUAUUGGGUGGGGGUUAAUAUGCAUGCUAUACAAUCUCUUGUUUCUCAUAUUUGUAUAUAUUUUUAAUAUAGUAGAGAAGCAUAAUUCAUCUUUUUUUGAUCA